CUUUGGGCUGAUCCCCCAAAUGAUCCCCCUGUAUGGGGCCGGGGGCUCAGCCGAGCCCCUCCCCAACGCCUCCGCUCUCCCCCACAGGUCCCCACUGGACAUACGAGGGUCCCCACGGGCAGCAGCACUGGCACGAGGGACACCCGGAGUGCGGGGGCCGCGCUCAGUCCCCCAUCGACAUCGUGACAGCGCGGGCACAGCCGGACCUGUCCCUGCCACCGCUGCAGCCCGAGGGCUACGAGCACCCGGAGAGCCCCCGGCUGAGCCUGGCCAACAACGGCCACACCGCCGUGCUGGCGCUGCCGCCGUCCCUGCGGCUCCGGGGUCUGUCCCACCCCUUCACUGCGGUUCAGCUCCAUUUCCACUGGGGCCGGCCGGGCCGGGCUGCGGGCGCUGAGCACCUGCUGGACGGGCACCGCGCCCCCGCUGAG